CAAGCAACACUAAGCUCAACCAUCAAGUAUGUCUUCUUUUGUUACUAAUGUCUUUGAGACCGGAAAAUACACCACACAACUACAAAUGGUUGGCUCUGGUUCAUAUACACAAUAUGUUCCACCACCAAGAUCUCUUUUGAUUGCCACACCUAUUGAAGGUGGAGAAUUUCCACUUCUACUUUUCCUACAUGCAUAUCUUCUCUACAACUCAUUUUAUUCUCAGCUUAUCCAACAUGUGGCUUCUCAUGGCUUCAUUGUCAUUGCUCCUCAGUUGUAUAUAGUGACUGGACCAGAUAUAUACGAUGAUAUUUACUCAGUAGCUGCAAUAACAAGUUGGCUAUCUGAAGGACUAAACAAGUUUCUUCCACCAAACAUAACACCAAAUUUUAACAAGUUAGCACUUGGAGGCCAUAGUCGCGGCGGAAAAACAUCAUUUGCUAUUGCUCUAAGAAAAUUAAACAUCACAAUUGAUCUAAAAUUUUCAGCCAUACUUGGAAUUGAUCCAGUAGAUGGAUUAGGUGAAGGAAUACAAACAUCACCACCAAUUCUCACCUAUGUUCCUCAUUCAUUUGAUUUUGAUAUGCCAACAUUGGUUAUUGGUUCUAGUUUAGGUGAUGUGAGAAAGAACCUUUUGUUUCCUCCUUGUGCACCUAAAGGCAUCAAUCAUGAGGAUUUUUUUAGUGAAUGUGAGAAACCUUCUUGGUAUUUUUUGGCUAAGGAUUAUGGUCAUUUUGACAUGUUGGAUGAUUAUACCCCAGGUUUUAGAGGGAAACUUACUUAUUGUUUAUGUAAGAAUGGUGAAUCAAGGAAACCUAUGAGAACGUUUGUUGGAGGAGUUAUGGUUGCAUUCUUGAAAGCUUACUUAUAUGGUGAUAAUGUGGAUUUGUUGGCCAUAAGAGAAGGGAAAGUGAGAGUACCAAUUGCUAUCAAAUCUGAUGAUUUUAUAUGAAAACUAGAGGAGAUGGGUUUGAGACUUGUAGUGUUUAUGUAAUUUGGGUUAACAUUUACUAUUUAUUUUCUAUCUAUAUAUUGUUGUUCUAUAGUUGUCUCUCUUUGUAAAACUUGUUGUGAAUGUACUUAUAUAAAUAAAUGAUUG